CCCUGUGACGCCCUGCAUCUUGCUGAAGAGACGGGGAUACUGCCGCAUCCGAAUGAACCUCGCCUAUCGCUGCGGUCGGCAAAGGAACAUAACAAAGGCAGAAAAAUCGGCCUCUUAACCAAAGGGUGGCAUAAAAUAGUCGAAUAAUGACAGAGAAUACUAAAACGCACGUUAUUCUGCUGUCAUGCGGAAGUUUUAACCCCAUCACUAAAGGACAUAUUCACAUGUUUGAGAAAGCCAGGGAGCAUCUUCAUAAGACUGGGCGUUUUAUAGUGAUUGGUGGAAUCAUUUCUCCAGUUCAUGACUCCUAUGGCAAACCGGGUCUUGUCCCCAGCAGACAUCGUCUUACAAUGUGUCAACUGGCAGUUCAAUCUUCUGAUUGGAUUAGGGUGGACCCCUGGGAGUGUUACCAGGGCACCUGGCAAACCACUUGUAGUGUGUUGGAGCACCACCGAGACCUCAUGAAGAGAGUGACGGGGUGCAUUCUUUCCAAUGUGAACACACCCUCUACGACCCCUGUGAUUGGCCAGCCACAGAACCAGACCUCAGCCAUCUACCAAAAUCGCAACACAGUUAGCAAGCCCACAGUUGUCAAACUGUGGGGAAAGAUGAGUGAAAGCUUUGGCAAAAUCUGCUGUGCUCGUCCGAACAUGGACCGCUUCACAUUUGUGGAUGAAAAUGCCAACCUUGGGACUGCAAUGAGAUAUGAGGAAAUUGAGCUGCGCAUCCUUCUCCUGUGUGGCAGUGACCUGCUGGAGUCCUUCUGCAUCCCGGGCCUGUGGAAAGAGAGUGAUAUGGAGGUGAUUGUGGGAGACUUCGGGAUCGUGGUGGUGCCUCGCGACGGAACCGACACAGAGAGGACAAUGAAUCACUCGUCUGUGCUGCGCAAGCACAAGGACAACAUAAUUGUGGUAAAAGAUGACAUCAACAACCCGAUGGCUAUUGUCAGUUCGACCAAGAGCAGACUGGCCCUCCAGCAUGGCGAUGGCCACGUGGUGGACUACCUCUGCCAGCCAGUCAUUGACUACGUCCUGCAGUCUCAGCUCUACAUCAACGCCUCGGGAUAGGAGAGGAGCAGCGUCUGUCCCAGCCAUAGUGUUCAUCUGUCUCUCUGUGUGUCAAUCUUACAGUAUACUCCUCCCGCGCUGUUGCUUUUCCAUAUAGAGGAGCAUUAAGUAUCCAUGUCCUUUUCUUACUGUCUCAUAGUGACUCACUGGGCCUGAGAGUGUACAGUAUUGUGCCUGAGAGCUCUAUUUACAUGGACCUCCACCAAUGGGAUUCUUUGGACUGUGUCAGAUGGUCGGGAAAGGGCCAAUGGGAGAGAGAGAGAGGAUAGGGGCAGAAAGCGAUAUGUUUUGUGGCAAGGAAGUGAGACGGAGGGAUGAAACAUUACCUGCUGUAAUGUUGUCCUUUGCUGUUUAAUUCCACAUCAAUACUUUCCUCAAGGGCAUGCAUGGUUUUUUCUUUUGUUUCGUUUUUUUAACUUUGCGCAUGAGAGCUUACCUUGCUUAUGUAGACUGUAGUCUGUUGUGGCAGCGUGUGCAGAAAAGCUAUGUGCAUAGAUGCAUCCCAUCUCUAUCUUCAUUUUCUAUUACCUACAGUCACUGUACAUAGGAAAACUGGAUUGCUGUGGUGUUGCUGUUGCACACUUAUGACUUGGUGUUCUGUCCACAGUGUGCUGUCAUGCAUACGUGUACAUUGUUUUGCACACUAAUAUACACGUCUUUCUGUUUAUGAGAAUAUAAUUUCACCUAGCGCUGUUAUUUGCUUGCUAAAUGGUACAGAAACUCCUCAGAUAUGUCUCAAAUACUUAGUCAAGAGAUGAACCUUUUUAUUCCCAUCAUGUAGUUUGUCACCUCUGGCAUUCCUCAGCUGUAUAAAGCUACUCUCUGAGACGUGGAGUCUUGUGUGGCAAAGGACUCAGUCAGACACGCCGUUUGUUACAAAAUCCUUAUCCACUCAGAGAGCACAAAUCAGAGAGGAAACUGCAAGGACACAGACAAACACAUGAAAACACUUUUUUUCUGAGUGGUGUGUUUAGCUGACAGGCUGGGGAGGAGAGGAAGGACUGGGUCAGGUCUGUGAUUGAGAGAGUGAAGAUUAAAACAGACUGCAAGGGGGGGGGGGCAGCUGUCGCCAGCGGGGUGGGGAGCGCAUCUUCUGGGAAGGGAAUUAAGUAAGUAAGGCAGGCAGGCAGUUUAGAGAAAGACAGUGAAUGGUUUUCAGUGUGAAGCCCCACAUGUUCCCCAGGACACACGGCUUAGCCUGCUGUGAGUGUCACGGUGUAAAAUCAGAGAUUAUCCCAAUCAAUCUGUAGUCAGUUGGUUUGUAGAUUGUUUUGGAUCUAGCAGAUUGAUGUUGAAUGGCAUGCCACACACAGCUCCCUUAUACCAAUUCAAGAAUUCAAACACCUGGUAGAUUGUUGCAAAGACAGUAUACACUGAGAAGACCAUAAAGAAGAACGAGGGGUAUAAAUCCAUCGGAUGAAAAAUGAUUACCCUAAUAAUGAGAACAAUGUUAACAUGUUUUUCCACUGCUUUGCCUUCGAUCCCGACUAGUGGCAGUCCGAUUAUGUACAAAUGUUGUCCUUUACAUGUCGACUUAGGUUUAGUGUCUGACGCUUUGGGUAACAUGAAUCUUUUUUAACAAAGGAAAUGAGUUGGGUUGUAAAGGAUUGAUGCUGAAAAGACUUGUCUUCAAAUGACAUACUUGAAUUUCAUUGAACUGUGACCAAUGCUACACACAUUCAGUAAUAUUUUUAAAUUAUAAGAAAUUUGAAGGUACACGUUGAAAGGAAUUGUUUUUCCCAUAUUGACAAAGAAAAAAAAUCAUGAAAUGACAUCAACAUUCCAAGCAACCUGUAUGCAAAUGACCAAUAAAGCGUGUGGUAAUGUAAUUAAAUCUUUAGUGCACGGCUUUUGCUCAUGUAUACCUCAUGAACCAUGACUUAACUUCUCUUUAGUUCUCUUCUACAUGCCCUCACCAUCAUGCCAAAGGGUACACCUGAUUCCUCGUCUUUGUUGUACUCUUGCAAAGUCUGUAUGCCAGUACGAGUGAAGUCUUUGUUUCCACCCAGUCUCAGCAUAGAAAUAUGGCAAUAUGAACUAUUUAUCAAUGUGUCAUUAAUAAGAUCAAUUUAGUAUAAUUAUAGCAUGGAGCCAUCAUUGCAUGAAGCAUUUCUUCAGGGAAAAGUGGUAGGACAGUGACAUGGACAUGCAUGAUAGUGAGAUUAGACCUUUUUGUCUAUGAAUCCAUGAAUCGAUUCAGUGACCAAAUACACAAAAGGAGGUAAAUCAGGAGCAUUAAUCCUGAAGAUGAAGGACAAUCAUGAACCACUCAGCCAAUGUGAACAUCUAAACAAAAUGUCUAGUCUAUAAUUCAAUAACAUAGACAUAGUCAAACAGGAAUUAAUAACAAUAACUGAGCCAUCGAAGUUUUUAUGUUUUAUUUGUGUCAAAACCAGUAAGGUAAAUGCUACCAUGAAGAAAUUAAACUGCUUUGUUCAAAAGUGAUCAUACUGUUCAGGUUAAUAAAAAGAACAGAAAUGAGAA